AUGUUGUUGAAGAGUUUUUUCUCGGCAGCCGCUGUUCUUGCAGCCACCGUCUCCGCUGCUGAUCUUCCACCCAUCCAGAUCCUGGGAAACAAAUUCUACUACUCCAACAAUGGCACCCAAUUCUUGAUGAAGGGUGUUGCCUACCAGCAGGACACCGUCAACGUGACCACCGGCGCUGCGUUCGUGGACCCUUUGGCCGACUUCUCUGCCUGCUCCAGAGACAUCCCUUACUUGCAACAGUUGCAGACCAACGUGAUCAGAGUGUACGCUCUUAACACUUCUCUUGACCACACCCAGUGUGUGAAGGCCUUCAACGACGCCGGCAUUUACAUUGUUGCUGACUUGUCUCAGCCCGAUCUCUCCAUCAACAGAGACACUCCUCAAUGGAGCACGGACUUGCUCGCCAGAUACACUGCUGUGGUUGACGAGUUCGCCAACUACACCAAUGUUUUGGGUUUCUUUGCCGGUAACGAGGUCACCAACGAGGUCAACAACACCGAUGCUUCUGCUUACGUCAAGGCUGCCGUCCGUGACACCAAGGCCUACAUCAAGAAGAUGAACUACAGAAACAUUCCUGUCGGAUACUCUGCCAACGAUGACAUUGAUAUCAGAGUUGACUUGGCUGACUACUUUGCUUGUGGCGAUGCCUCUGUCAGAGCUGAUUUCUUCGGUAUUAACAUGUACGAGUGGUGUGGUCAAUCUACCUUCAAGGAUUCUGGUUACGCUAACAUCACCAGCCAUUACCAAAACUUGGGCAUCCCCAUUUUCUUCUCCGAGUAUGGUUGUAACAAGGUCACUCCAAGAGAGUUCACUGAGGUUCAGGCUAUCUACGGUCCUAACAUGACCAAUGUCUGGUCUGGUGGUAUUGUCUACAUGUACUACGAGGAGACUAACAACUACGGUUUGGUUUCUAUCUCUGGUGGCUCGGUUUCAACCUUGGCUGACUUCAACAACUUGAAGACUCAACUUGCCUCUGCUUCUCCAUCCUUGGCCUCCGUUAACACUGCCUCGACCUCCGCCUCCGUUACCACCUGUCCUGGUGUCGGUGCAUUCUGGGCUGCCAACACUGCCUUGCCUCCUACUCCUGAUGCUAGCAUCUGUAAGUGUAUGAACGACGCUUUGAGCUGUGUUGUUGCCUCUUCUGUCUCCGCUGACAACUACUCGGACCUUUUCAGCUACAUUUGUGGUGUCAUUGACUGUUCCGGCGUUACUGGUAACGCCACUUCCGGUAACUACGGUGCAUACUCUCCAUGUAGCGAUCAACAAAAGUUGAACUUCGUUCUUGACUUGUACUACAAGUCCCAAGGUAAGAGUUCCAACGCUUGUAACUUCAGUGGCUCUGCCUCUUUGAAGUCCGCUACCACUGCUUCCUCCUGUACUGCUGUGAUCUCUUCUGCUGGUGUUUCCGGUCUUGGAACUGUGUCUGGUGCAAUUGCCUCUGGCACCCCAGGCACUCACUCUGGCUCCGGUUCUGGCUCCGGUUCUGGCUCCGGUUCCGGCUCCGGUUCAGGAUCGAAUGGUUCAAGCUCCAAGUCUAGCGGUACUAGCUCUUCCACUUCUACUAAAAAGUCGGGUGCCGCGCCUGUCAGAAGUAGCUUGAGCGCAUUCACUGUUUCCAUGUUAGCUGUGACCUUUGUCACUCUCGGUUCUGGAAUGAUCUUCAUUUAG